CAGACACGCUGUGAGAUUUACUGCAGGGAGAGCAGAGAUUGUCUGACAGUUGCUCAACUGGACAAAUAACUUUUUUUUUUUUUGCAAAAAUGGUUGAGGCUUUCUGUGCUACGUGGAAACUGGUGGACAGCCAGAACUUUGAUGACUACAUGAAGGCACUUGGUGUCGGUUUUGCCACCAGACAAGUGGGCAAUGUCACCAAGCCGACGGUAGCCAUCAGCCAGGAUGGAGACAAAGUGGUGAUAAAAACCAUGAGCACCUUCAGGAACACAGAGAUCUCCUCUAAGCUGGGAGAGGAGUUCGAUGAGACCACACCUGAUGAUCGACAUGUCAAAUCUACUUUCACCUUGGAGGGAGACAAACUCGUGCAGGUGCAGAAGUGGGAUGGCAAGGAGACCAAAUUCGUCCGAGAAAUCAAGGAUGGGAAGAUGGUGAUGACUUUGACUUAUCAGGGAGUGCAGGCGGUCCGCACGUACGAGAAAGCCUAACUCUUAACAUCCACUUGAAUGAGCAAAUCAUCCCUGCACUGCAAAAAAAGGUGUCACCUCCCCUCCUCUUCACUCACUUUGUUUUUUUUUGUUUUUUUUUAUUUUAACAAAAAUGUUUUUACAGCAGUGAUUUGCACUCAAUUUGUUGUUGUAACAUGAGAUACAUAUUUUGGAAAAAAAAAAAAAAA